CUUUUUGUGGGAUUUGAAACUCAUUGAUUCUUAGAAAGCGAGGCUCAUAUGAGCACAGGAUCCCUCCAGAGGAAGCGAGAGGAAUCAAUAAAACAUUUUUUUACCAGUGUGUAUCCAGACCCACGGAGACCACAGGCAGGUGGGCCCUGGCCCUGGAAUGUGGGAGAGGCUGUGGGUGUUCCAGGCCAGCUUGAGCCCUUGACUGCAUAAUUGGAUCAUUGACCAGGCUGAGACACUGCAGGGGGCCUAGAGCUCAAAAUCAAGGGAGAACAAGGGAUUUGACAGGACUGGGGCACUCUAAGAACAGGAUCACAUGACCCUGCUCGUGGUGUCCAGUCAGGCGGUGACGUGCUGCCCCUCGUCAGUUGAAGCGCAAUUCGGAACCAUGUGGAGUCCUCCCGAGAGUGACGGCGACCAGCUUGGCCAGGUGAAUGCCAGGAUGGAGGCCACCCCGGCCUUCGGCAUGCCCAGCAUCUCUGUGUCCCAGCAGCAGACGCCCAAGAAGUUCGCCCCGGUGGUCGCCCCCAAACCAAAGUUCAACCCCUUCAAGCAGCUGGGAGAGGGGGGCGGGGGUGAAUUUCCCCCUCCUCCACCCCCAGUCGAUGAUGUGACUGGUCUUCAGUCGCCCCCCGGGGGCUUCCCCCUACCCCCUCCGCCCACUGAUGGGGCAUCCUUCAACGUGCAGAUGAAAGCUCCAGAGAAGACCCUGGAGGAGAGACGUUCCAGCCUGGACGCUGAGAUAGACUCUCUCACCAGCAUCCUGGCUGACCUGGAGAACAGCUCGCCUUACAAGCCUCGACCCCAGCAGCAGAACUAUGCCACCCUGCCCAGUUCCUCCACGCCGGUCACGAGCCACAAGCGCAUGAUCAUCCCGACCCAGCCUCCGCUAACCGCCACCAAGAAAUCCACAGCCAAGGGAGGCUCGCAGCCCCCGUCCGCCUCCAACACGCUGGUCAGAUCUCAGCCUCAGGCUGCUCCCCAACCCCAGCCCCAGCCCCAACCCCCACCUCAACCCCAACCCCCACCUCAACCCCAACCUGUCCCGGCCUCCUACACCACUGCCUCCAUUCCCAGCCGGCCCACCUUCAACGUCCAGGCGAAGAGCGCCCAGCCCAGUCCGCACUACCUGCCCCCGGGGCCCCAGCAACCCCCGCAGCAGCCUUCCCGCUACCCCGCCCCGACGCAGUAUAUGACCGCCCAGCCUCGCGGCCCCGACUUCGCCUACGGGCCCCCUCAGCCGGGGUACGCCCCGGCACCCCAGAGGGGUUAUCCAGACCAGCACUACCCAGGAAUGGGAGGUCCUGCAUAUGGUGUGCAGAACACCUGGAGACCAGAGCCUGGCCCCCCUGCCCACAUCGGAGUACCGCAAGGGUAUCAGGCUUCGGUCCCCAAGAAGACCUACAUCACCGACCCCCCGCCCUCAUUGGCCCCCGCACCCAUGGUUCAGUACGGGUCCGGCCUCGUGGCUCCACCAAAGGGCGCACCUCCUAGUAACGCCAGUGGUCGGCCUGAGGAUGAGUUGGAGCGUCUGACCAAGAAGAUGCUCUACGACAUGGACAACCCCCCCUCUGAGGAGUACUUUGGCCGCUGCUCCUCCUGUGGGGAGAACGUUGUGGGCGAGGGAACUGGCUGCACGGCCAUGGACCAGGUCUUCCACGUGGACUGCUUCACCUGCACCACCUGCGGCAGCAAGCUGCGCGGCAAGCCCUUCUACGCCAUGGAGAAGAAGGCCUACUGCGAGCCCUGCUACGUGAACACCCUGGAGACCUGCAGUGUGUGUUCUCAGCCCAUAAUGGAGCGCAUACUGAGAGCCACCGGGAAGGCCUACCACCCGCACUGCUUCAGCUGUGUGGUGUGCCACCGCAGUCUGGACGGGAUCCCCUUCACCGUGGAUGCGGCCAACCAGAUCCACUGCAUCGAGGACUUCCACAAGAAGUUCGCCCCGCGUUGCUCGGUGUGUCAGGAGCCCAUCAUGCCGGCCCCGGGGCAGGAGGAGACGGUGCGCAUUGUGGCCCUCGACCGCGACUUCCACGUGCAGUGUUACCGCUGUGAGGACUGCGGAUCCCCUCUCUCCGAGGGGGACAACCAGGGCUGCUACCCUCUGGACAGCCAUGUCCUCUGCAAGAACUGCAACACCCUCCGCAUUCAGGCUCUGACCGCCAAGGCCACCACUGACCUCUGAGGGGGUCCUGUCACACCCUCACCACACCGCUGCACUCCUCCAGCGCGCAAACACACACACACACACACACACACAUAUACGCACACGCACACACACAUACACAUACACACACACACAUGCCCUCAUCCUAUUGUUACUCUCCCAUCACACUCUCCACUGUUACAGUUCCAAAUACCCAGCACACUCUUUCACACUCAUAGGUACUGUACUCUCUGAGCAAAACACAUGCACACACACACACUCAACUUAUUGAUACUCUCCAUAGCAGGCUAUCACAACAUUACUGCUACAGAUCCACAUGCACAGCACCCUCUCACAAUCAUAGGUACUCUCAGAGCAAAAGACACACACACACACACAGACACACAUACAAACAAAAUGUUCUUCUAUUGGUGAGGGUUUGUUAGUAGCUUGACUUGACUACCUAGUGUCUUCUUAAUAGUCACUUCCUGUGCCAUCUGCAUAGCCCAUCGUGCCUAUUAUAGUGAACUGAGCUCCAAUGACUUGGGUACAAUGAUUUGAAGCCAAAAUGGCUGCCUUCCAAACUGCAUGUAUAGCAUUUUGUCCUCUCUGGUUAACUAAAGAAUUAAUGAUAUUAUACAAGCAAUAGAGUCUACCCGACACAGGGAGUGACAGGGCUCUUUUUAAUCUAACCACAGUGCACUUUCUUCUUAAGUCUUUAUCUUAACUGUUAAAUUAAUUUAAUUUACACAGCCUGUUGUUUCCCAUUCUUACACAAAAGUAAUGGAGCAGUCAUUGCUGUGAUUGGAAAAAGAGAACAUUGGAUAUCAAUUAAAUAAAAAAUGGCCUGAGUAUUGUCAUCCAGAAGAUGAAAACACAAUGUGGUUAGAUUGAAUUUGGGCUUUAUUUGUUUUUGUUUUUAGUGUGGUAGAAAAGGGACCCUGCACUUUGAUUUUCUAUGCUUCAAAAGUGCCUUUUAAAAUAACUAUAAUUAUCGUUAUCAUCAAUAAUGUGUUUACUGUUUUCUUUAUUUGGUUAAAAUCAUUAAAAUUCUUUUUAUAUUUAAAUGUAUUUGUAUAAUUGCUUCAUACAAAGGGCUUUGAAUAAAAUUAAUAUAGACAUACAGUAAUACGAAAAUAAGGUACUUUCUUCCCUGGCAGCAGUUUGUGUUCCAUUAUGCAAUUUUAAUUUUAUGGAAAUAUAUUAAUAAGCAUAUGUGAAAUGAGGAAAAUAUUAACAUUGUUAAAAUACGUAAUAUAAAUUUAGGGUGAAGCUUUAAGCAAUUUAUCUAUGUGUAAUUACAUUGUAACAAAUAUGUAACUAAAUAUCUUUACCAGAUGUGGGGUGUAACUAUGUAUUGCAGUUUUGUAUCAUUACCUAUGCUGUCUGAAUAACACUUGCCCUGUAGUACAUAAUUAACAUAAUUUCUCACACUUACACUUAUACAUGUAUAAUUGCAGUGGUAAAUUGUUUAGUAUUGGCCUGUAUUAAACAUUAAUAUUCAUAUUACCGCUGAUAAUAAGCAUUUGGAAUACAAGGUUAGGAUACCAUACAUGUUGUAAUUUUCAUGACAAUAUACUUAAUAUUUAUCUCUGUUUUUAAGGGCUUAUUGAUAUGUUUAUAGAUUGUUUAUAGCAUAGGAUAGUAUAAUGGACACUGUUGGCUUGCGUGGAGCCCCCUGUGCUGACCUCGUAUAUGGCUUUCAUAAAGAGCAGUGCUCGUACAGCAGCAUUUCUUUCCCGAGAGAGAAUCCGGCAAUGAGAUUAUGAAAGAUUACCGCACAGUUGGACUGUAUCCACUUUGUUUCUUCUUCUCCCAAGAUUUUUCUUCUUGUUAAUAUAGCUGUACCUUAUAUACAGUAGUGAAUGCAGACAUGGCAAUAAUAAUGUGUCCGUAGAAAUUCCCAAAGACACGCCAAAGAUGAUACUUGAAAAGUCUUUCGAAUAUGUAUAUAUGCAAUUAUGAGUUAAACACAACACAGUUGUGUGUAUAUUGCAUUCAUGCAGCCUUGGUAGAUAUGCGCUGCUGAUUUACAUUUGUAUGGAUGUAGAACGUAUUUUUGGAGUAACUGUCAAAUCUAAGCGGAAGCUGCAGUAUAAGACCACAUAUUCUGAAAAGCAUUCAAGUCUUGGUGCAGAGUUUGAAUUACUUUAGACUGGUUUUGUGCACCCCGUGAAAGUUUUUUAACCCAUUAUUCGUGUGUCCAUUUGCCAUUCUUUGGACGCAUUCAGAAGUGUUUAUUUAGUUCAAAUGUUUGAGUAGUUGACAUAUCGCUCUACAGCGAGAUUAGGCACAAUCGAUUGUCCAUGCUGUAUGUUUCUAUUUUAAAUCCAUAGGACAGUCCUGAAGCACCUGGCAAGCCUGUUCUUCUGGGAAAAUUCCCAGGUGUUAAAAUAUACUUGUACCCACAAAUUGAGGCACAUUUCUGGGUCCUUCCUGUGUUCCAAGGUAACUGGAAAUCAUGGGUUGCUUAUUUUUUAUAUGUUGCCAACAUCCAUGAUAAAACCCUUUUUGUGACCGUAUAUCUGUGCAAAAGGGAUUUCCUUCCAAAGGGCUAUUGUCUUUAUUGAAAGCCCUUACCAAGGCCAUGUCUCUGUAAUCAAAGUUACAGAGCCUAUACCAUAGUUUCUAUGGAGUAUUACCUACUGUAUCAUCAUCUAGUGGCAUUCGUUCCCAAAAUUAUUGUGAGGAAAAUGGCCUUUAGCAUGCAGCAUACCACUCUUUGAUGAUUCUUUAUAUUGUCAUCCCUGUAGACGACCAGUAAGUAGAACGGAUACCAACAGUAUUUUAAAGGUGAAAUAGUUUCCUUAUAGUUUCUUCUCCCAUCCCAUCCCAUGAGGAUAAUUAAGCCUCCUAAGAGUGAGCCGGCCGCUGAGACCAUCCUCAGUUAUGACAUAGAUAGUAAUGAGUAUAUUGAUGCUCAUUUCCUCCAUAGAGGUCAUCUGCCACCGAAAGCAGCUGAGGAUAAUACAAUAUUUUUUCCCUGACGGCCCUGCAGUAUGUUUUGGAUGCUUUCAGAUAUGCUUUUAAAAAUGUCAUUUCUGAUUGUUUUUCAAAGAUGUUGGCAAUCAGUUUGCAAUUUUACAAUCAAUCGCAUUGACACUUUAUUAGAAUUCUAUGCAGGUCUCAUUUUCCCUACGUAUUCUGUACAGUGCACAUUUAGAUUUUUGAUUUCAAAUUUUUUUCAAUUAAUGACAUUAGCCGGUACUAAAUCAUGUUACUUUAAAAGGAUUGGCCUCAAGUUUGCAUUUUAGAAUCAAAAUGUUUUCACUACAUUAGCCCUAAAGUGCUUAACAAAGUUUCUUUAAAAACAUAAUGUACUUCGGUUAUUCAUUUUGAUCUAUUAACAAUGUUAUUUUCAAAACUGGUCAUGACUGUAGUUAUGUAAACUAGUGUUGAUGCUACUGUAAUAAUCAGGUUCGGGGAGAUGGCUAGUGUGCUAAAGUGGAUAUUAUUAGUGUACGGAAUUUGUUUAAAAUGGAGGACUGUAGUGGAACUAUUCAGUAGUAGUGCCCUCCUGUCACAGCGUUCUCUCUGUUGUCCAGACUGUAUUGAGACGGGUCGUCAUGCCUGUAUUUGAGAGAGGAGUGUUGCCACUGUAGUGUCCCCAGCCAGUCCGACAGUCUUAUUACAGCCAGCUGAGGCCUCCCAGACAGACUUACUGCACUGAAGAAGGCCUUUCACUCAGUCCAAACAGUCCACUAUAUAACGAGGAACCUUUACUUACCCCACACUCCCAACAGCCAACUCCCAUAGACUGUAAGGUCUAUCAGUUCCUCUGAAGUGCCCGUCCAUGUGUUGAUAGAAUUGUGAUUUACCCUGCAACUUUGUUUUGUCAAUGUAACAGCCCUGUUGUGCUACAUGCCAAUGUCCAUGCAGAUCGUUCUUAUUGACUGUGCUUUUCCUUGAGGUUCUUCAGGCUACACAAAAUUGACUAUGCAAAAUUGAACAGGAUAACAUUUAAUACAAGCGGUCCAUACUGCUUAGUAUUCCUCCCACGUGCUUUAUUAUGCGUCCUGACAUUUCUUGAACAUCUAAAAUCAAGUCGUAGGGACAUAAUUCAUAGAUUGAAUUGAUUAUGUUUACAUUUAUACUAUGGUUUGCAAUAUUCCUGCUGCAGCACAUACACAUACAAAAAAAUCUUAUUAAUUUAAAUGUGAUAGCCAAUUAUAAAAAGAGAUUAUGCAAUGUUCUUGUUAUAUAACCCAUAGUAUUAUAUGUUAGUUGUGUAUCUACCUUGCUUUGUUGUACGUUACUUGUGAAAUAUUAGACAGGUUGUACAGUAAGGCUGCCAAAUGGCAGUGUCCCAUUAGUCAUGUAAGAUGCGUCAGUGGAUAAUGUGGUCCCUCAUUUCUCACAGCGAGUUGCAGAACAUAAGUUUAGUUUACUCUACUGGGCAGCCGUUGGCUUUGUAGUUCAGUAUUGUACAGUUCAGCAGGCCCUGACAGUCUGGUGCUGUAUAAGGCAGAGCAAGACUAAGUAUUAUGAGCUCACUAAUUUAACGCCAAGCAUUAUUUCAAUACGGCUGUGAUGCUGCACCAUCGAUGGUAAAAGGUGAAACAUUGGCGUGGAUUCAAUCAGCAUACAGUAUAUCCAUAACAUUGCCCUUUAAGUUUAGAACACAUAUUGAUUGAAUCCAGGCCGACAUUGUGUUGUUCAGUUGUGAUAUAUUGAAAAGAUGUAUACUGUACAAUUGGUUUAUUUUGUGUACUCCAGCAAGCACCUAUCAAAAUGAUGAAGUUAAGAAGCUGCCGGCACUUCUUUCUUCCAGCUGUUUGACUGUUGCCAUCGAUUCUCAAUUUAGUACUGUAUUAAUCAACAGGUAAUAGACCUAUGCAUUUUGUGGUUCAUAACCAUUUACAUUUCUACUGUCCCAUAUCCAUUGUUCUUUGUGUUUGAUGGGGAGAUAGACCAUGAAUGCCUUUGCCAUAAAUCCUCAAUCACAGUGAAGCCUUCCUAUGGUCUCUUUUAAGUCCUCGAUGUUCUGUGACCAUUGAUAAUGAGGCGUUUUACGACUGACCCAAAUGCUACUGAGCACACUCUUGGAACUGAGAGAAAUGGGGUUCAGGAUCGGUUCCACCCAGUAUUGUCUGUUCCUUUUGUGACAAGUGCUGGUCAGAUCUGGCCUGACAUGAGCUCAUGGGAUGCUUACUGUAUCUAAAGCCGACGAUAAGACCUCCAAACUGCUCCACCUUCCAAAAUGAAAAUCAAAACGCUAGAGGAAAGUUCUCUCUCAGGCUCUUUAGCCUGCAUCUCAAGACUGAGCAUGCCAGAUUGAAGAGUCCAUUGCUUUCUGGUGGUGGUGUUCUGACUAGCACUUGUCACACACUGAAUUUCUUUUAAAUUGAAUCCUGAAGGUUGUGUGUCAGGGAUAUUUUUGCAACGGUUCAAUUUGUUUUUUGUUUUGUUUUUUUAUUUUUAUUUUUUUAUUUUUUUUUGCUUGUCUCCCUGUAGUAAAUAAAAAGCUUUAGAAAAUA